AUGGCGUUGAUAAGAAAGCUGUUUAAAAUGAUUCAUUUGAAAGAAUCAGAGAAUGAAUUGAAGUAUGCAUUAUUGAAUGAGAAGAGAGAAAAAUGUCCAUUACUUUUCAAGAAUAUAAUCAAAAAUUUUGAGAGUCGAAUGUCUGAGGUCAAGAUGGUGUCAUUUUUGGAGAGUCUUGUAAUCUUGUUAAAUAGUGAAAAUGGCGGUGCAUUAGCUGAUGAAAUUGUUUUACGACAUAAGACAUGUGCAUCACUAAAAAGACUCAUCAAAAGGUCUCAAAUUUUAGAUCCAUUUUGUCAAUAUGUUGAUUCUCUUAUAACCAUCCAACACCUUCAUUUUACUUACAACACCUUUAAAAGUGAAAUGUAUACUUAUUCAGACGUUGUUGAAUAUAUAAGACUCUGUUCCCACAGCUGGACUCUACUUUCCAAUAUUUCAUUGAAUCAAACAGUAUUCUAUUUCGAAAAUCCGUUGCUUAGAAUAGUCUUUUAUGAACAAUGUAUUCUUCUGUGUAAGACUUUAAAUUGUUUGAUGGAAGUUAUUAAACAUAUUUCAUUUGCUACAGAAGAAGAUUUAGAGUCAUUAAUUCAGUCUAUUAAUACACUUGAAAAUUUAAAAUAUUUAUUCACUAAGAAGACACAAGAAUGGACAGUCCAACAAGAAUAUGGUAAACUUUCUAUGUUAUCAUUCUAUCAAAUGAGUCCUUUCGUUAUCUUCAUGAAAGAAAUGCUUAAGAGAAAAAGACUUGGAAAACAGACAAAGAAACAAGAAAUCGAAAUACACAAAUAUCUUAAUACUACAGAAUAUGACUUUGUUAAUAAUGUAGUGAAAGUUGAGUCUUUUGUUUCAUUCAGAUAUCGAAAAGUGUAUAUUCAGUCGGCUGUAAAACUUUAA